AUGAAUAACAGUACCAUUUUUUCGGAUAUAUGUAUUGAUAAUGAUGAUUUUAUUUAUGAAUUUAAACGUAUUGUUGAAGGUUGGAUAUUAUCCGGUGUAUCAUUAUUUGGAAUUAUUGGUAAUACAUUAACAUGUGUUAUAUUACUUCAUCCUGAAAUGCGUAAAUCAUCAACAAAUCUUUAUAUAUUAGCACUCUCUUUUGUAAAUAUAAUUGUAUUAAUUGUAUUUAUUUUAUCACAUGGUUUAAGAUGGAUAUUUUAUAAUUCUUGUUCAAAUAUUAUUACAUCAUAUGAAUUAUUUUAUAUAAAAAUAUUUCUUUAUAUAUAUCCAAUUCAUAUAACAUCUGUAUUAACAUCAAUUUAUUUAGCAACAUCUGUAACUAUUGAUAGAUUUUUAAUUAUAUGUUUACCAUAUCGUAUGAAAAAAUAUCAUUCAAAAAAAUCAUCAUUAAUUGUAAUUAUUAGUGUUUGUUCAUUUUGUAUAAUAUAUUGUUUACCAUUUUGGUUUGAAUUUACACAUGAAAAUGGUGAUAAUAAUUUAACAUUAGUUUUAUCAUCAUUAGGUAAACAUAUUAUAUUUCGUUUAUUAAUGCGUAAAUAUCUUUAUCUUAUAUUUGUUUUUUUAUUACCAUUAUCAAUUUUAAUUAUUUGUAAAACAUUUAUUAUUAAACAAUUAAUUAUAUUACGUAAUAAAAAACGUAAAUUAUGUACACAAGAUCAUUCAACUAAUUCUAUUACACUUUUAUUAUUAUCACUUGCUGGAAUAUUUUUAUUAACACAAUUUCCCUAUUUUUUAUUCAAUACAUUUUAUGCUCUCAAAGGACCAUUAUAUAUGGAAACAACAAAUGCAAGAUUAUAUUUGAGUGUUAAUAAUGUUUUAUCUGUUACAAAUGCAUCAUGUGUAUUUAUAUUAUAUUCAUUUUUUGGACAUAAAUUUCGAUAUGUAUUUCAAAGUAUGUUCUGUUGUUGUAAUCAACGUAAAAAUGAAGUAAUUCAAUUUAAAUUAAUACGUAAGCCUAGAAUAUGA